UCUCAUGUUGGAAAUUCCUCUCCUACAUUAUCUAACUGCUUUGUUUUUAAUAUACAUAAUAUCCUACACUUCAAAUUAAAAACAGUUUCAUGCCACAAGUUUGAAUAACUAAAAAUUUUAGUGAUAGUUCACAGGGCUGCACUCAGUUAGGAAAAGUUGCUGCAUAUGAGAGAGCAUCAUGUAGGACAUGUAACAGGACAGAAACCGAUUUACUUGAAUAUGACAGUUACUGUACUGUAUAUUUAUUUUAUGCAUUAACACAAAAAGAUGAGCUAGAAGCACACUGAUGAUACUGCUUUUCAUUUUUUUGUAUUUUCUCAAGGAUUUGCAUCUAUUUUCUUCUUUUAUUUUGAAAAAAUCCUGUUGCUUGUCUUUGGCUGUAUAGUCCUGUUAUAUUUCAAAAUUAUUAUAUCAUAUGAAAAAAUACAGUCAUCAUUCUGUACAUCUUAUUAUACUGCACAGAGAGGGUGGGUGGUAGAAGUACAUUAUGUACGUCAUCUUGUGGCUUCCUCUCUCCAUACCCAUAGUGCACAGAAACAGGAAAUUAAGAACAGUAUGGUAUAUACUUGCUGUACCCUAAGAAGCAACUUGUGUGGUUUUCUGCAUUUGGAGAAGGCACCCAUUUGUAGGCAACUUGAAGACAGCCUACGAUGCAGCAGCGUUUAAAGGAAUCAACCUACACGCUCUGACUUGGACCACAUUCGCAAAACACUCAGAUCUGCCAUGAUGAAUGUGACAGAUGUCAACUGCAGCAACCCCACAGAAGAGUACCAGUACCACCUUUUCCCAGCGGUCUACAUCCUAGCUUUAGUUAUUGGUCUACCUGGAAAUCUGGCUGCCUUCUUCGUCUUCACCUUCAGGGUCACUCCCCGCACAGCCUUCAGUGUGUACAUCAGCAAUCUGGCUCUGGCAGACAUCGUCAUCCUCUGCACUCUGCCUUUUAGGAUCCACUACCACCUCAACAAAAAUGAUUGGGUCUUCGGGGAAUUCACCUGCUGUGUCACAGGGAUUCUGUUCUAUGCCAACAUCUACAUGAGCAUCUGUUUCAUGACAUGCAUCUGUGUGGAUCGCUAUAUGGCCACUGUGCAUCCACUUAUCUACCUAAGGCUGCGGAGCCCCAGUCUCGCUGUGGUUGUUAGUGUGCUACUCUGGUGUGUUGCUGGAGUGGCUAUACUGGUCUUUAUCCUUAUGGGACCUCUAGAAAGCAUUACAGGUAACUCGGGAAGCCACAGCUGCUUUGAGAAGUUUGUCGAGAAUGAGUGGCACACGCGCUUGCUGCCGUACAGCGUGCUGAGCCUGAUCUUCUGCUCCCUGCUGCCCUCUGUGAUCAUCCUGGUGUGUUACCCGCUGGCUGCAAGGCGCAUUUCCCAAAUAAAGACUAAAACAGCCCAAAGAGCCGUGAGGAUCAUUUACACCAUCAUGGCUAUCACGUUGCUCUGCUUCCUGCCCAACCACGUGGUGUACCUACUACACAUCCUUAGACGCAUGAACAUCAUCAGGAAUUGCUCCGUUGCCAAUGUCAUCUACGACGCCAGGCGGGUCACGAUGGCCCUUGUCAUCCUUAACACAUGCCUGGACCCUGUGCUCUACUACGUUACCUCCAGCCACUGCAAAUGGAAGCGGCUAAAGAUGACAUGGCUGUGUGGUAGAGUCAGGAGGCGCACGGGUGUCUAUGUCAUUGCAGUGAGCUGAGUGAACCACAACAGGGUAGCA